CAGAUUUCCUCCACCUAGUUUUCUUUGGUUAGCGCGGCGUCAAUAAUACACAAACUACACAAAUAAAAUGUGGCUAUUUAAAAUCUGCUCCUCGACAAUGUGAUAGCCGCGAUCUUUAACCAGGCCCUCGCAGGCCACCUUAUUCUAAUCAUGAGAACCAUCCUUCUGUUUGCAAUUUUAUUUCAAACAUGGACCUACACGGUUCAACUGUGUCCGCAACACUGUUCAUGUAAAUCAGUUGGUGCUCAAGCGGAAUGGUUGCGUCUGAAAUGCGGCGAUCGUUUACAGGAUAUCAAGGAUGUGGAUAUCAACGCAGUCAGCGUGGAAAUUAUACAAUUGGAUCUAAGCAAGAAUAUUAUUCAUACUAUUCAAGCAAAUGUGUUUAUGAAUCUGACAAACCUCAGGCGACUUGAUUUAUCAGAAAACAAGAUCAGCUCUGUGGGCGAGAAUUGCUUUAAUGGACUUGAGAAUUUGGAGAGAUUGGAUUUGAGCCAGAAUCAGAUAUCGACAAUAGACAGUUAUGCAUUCAAAAAAUUAUCAAACCUCAAAAGGCUCGAUUUAUCUGGAAAUAAGAUAACCGCUCUGGUGCCAUCCUUAUUUCAUGAUUUGCUGGCCUUAGAUCGUUUGAAGUUGAAUGGGAACGGUCUAACUGCUCUGAAAGAAGGAACGUUUCAUGGACUCAAGACGUUGAAACAAUUGGAUCUUUCUAAUAAUCCUUGGAACUGCAACUGCGACUUAUAUUGGUUCAGUAAUUGGAUCUACAAUUCUUCAAUCAAGUUAAAUCCACCGCCGAAAUGCGCGUCGCCGGCGCUCGCCGAGGGGCAGCCGGUGAAGAAAUUACGCUUUUCGGAGGAGCUUCAGUGCCAGUGGUUGUCACCGGCGAUCGAGAUCCGACCGGUUCAGAAUCAGGUGGUCUUCGCCGGGGAUUCGAUCACGUUGAAGUGCAGAGCGCCCAGCAUCACCACGGACAAGAGUGCCAGGCUGAAUUGGCUGUGGUAUCCGAACGCCUCCGCCGAGAUCGUGGACUUGAGCGCUUACAAGGAUCCGCGGAAGAGCUUGCCCAACAUUAAAGUGGACAACAGGUAUCUCUCGGACAGCGGUAUCGUGGACAGUGCUCUCAGCAUAGUUCCGGUUAAGGAGGAGCAUAACGGACAAUGGAACUGCCUGCUGGUUUCUAUAAACGGUAACAAAUCGAAGGCGGUCAGCGUCAUCGUGAUCUCUGAGCACACGCGUUAUUGUCCCCUAGCAGUGACCAGAAACAACAAGGGUGUCUACACGUGGCCGAAAACGAUAGUGGGCUGGAAGGCGGAGUUGCCGUGCGAAGGCAAUCGCCUGUCGGGCUUGAUGCAAGCGUCUCUGAAGGCCUCCUAUCAGUGCAACAUGAACGGUCAGUGGGAGCACCUGAACAUGGAGUCGUGCCCGUACAUAUCCCACACGACGAAAAUCCUGGAGCAAUUCUCGAAGGUGAAUCUGUCCCUGACGAAGAGCAGUCUACUGGAGACGGCAAAGAGGUUCAAGAAUUACACGGGGAACGGUUCGGUGAAGUUGACCGACCCGGUCGAGAUCCACUUCAUAGUGCGAACGAUAGAGAAUUACCUGGGCUUCCUGCUGGACGAGAAGGAACUCGGGAUCAUGCUGGUCGAUAUCAUCAGCUCGAUGAUGGGAUUGCCGAAAGAGAUGCUGAGGAGGGCGGAGAUAGGUUUCAAGGCUUGCACGAGACUGAUCAAGGCGAUCGAACGGAUAACGGAGUUCACGCCGUCGAUACAGUCGCACAAGAGAUUCAUGGCGCUCGAGGAGUUCCGGGUGAAGCGCGACAGCUUCGCCGGCUUGACGUGCACGUGGUACACGAACGUCGGCGCGGAUGCCGACUCGGACGCGAGGUUCCUGCACUGCACCACCAUCAACAGAACGUCGCCGAUCAGCACGAAGGAUAAGACGAUAGAAGCUUCCGUUCAGCUACCCGCCUCUCUCUUGCAGCACGUGCAAGACGGUGCGAUACCUCAGCAACUGAUGGUAUCCAUGUACAGCGACAGCAGAUUCUUCCCUAAGACGAUUACGAACGACAGCAUGGACAUAUCGACGUGCAUCAUCGGCAGCAAAUUGAUUGGAGCAUCGAUACGGAAUCUGUCGGAGCCAGUUUACAUUAUGCUGAAGGCACCGUUGUACCACUAUAACGGGAAAAGACCAAGGCCGGUGGUGUGGGACGAUACGUUGAACAGCGUGGGAGCGUGGACCAGCGACGGAUGCCGCUUGACGAAUCUCUUGAAUAAUUUGAUAGUCUUCCAUUGCGACAGACUGGGAUACUACGGACUCCUGCAGGAAGUUUCGCACCUCGAUACCAACGGAAACAAUAUGCGCGGCGCCAAAUUCAGGUACUCUCAUCCGGCGAUAUACAUCGGGAGUUUCAUGACGAUAACUUGCCUGAUGAUCAUGUUCGUCACGUACAUCAUCUCCUACACGUCUAUCACGAUGCCUAAGAAGGCGAAGCACUCCGUCAUCAAUACCUGGUUCGCCAUGGCACUGCUGUCGUUCCUCUACAGCAUCGGUAUCCAGCAAACGGAGCAAAUCGAGAUCUGCCAGGGCGUAGGACUCGCUUUGCACUACCUGUCCCUCUGUUGUCUGCUGUGGAUGGCGGUGUCCGCCAGCAACAUGCACAAAAAAUUGACGAAACCGGGUCUCGACGUGAUGCCGGACGACGAGCUUCCGGACCAACCCAUACCGAAGCCGUUGCUAGGUCUUUACCUGGUCGGGUGGGGCGUGUCGCUGAUAAUCUGCGGAAUAUCCGGCGCGAUCAACUUGCGCGAGUACGCCGGCUACUCUCAUUGCUUCCUCACGUCCGGGCCGGCGCUCGCCGCGCUCUUCGUACCAUCCGGAAUUCUGAUCGCGUAUCUGCUCAUCUUCCUUCUGCUCAUCAGACGCGCGAUUCAGAACGUCGACACGAACGCGCAGUUGUCCGAGGGCACCCAGGCGACGGAGAACAUGGAUCUGGAACUGUUGGAGCCGAACCCGAAUCCUUCCGGGGACCGGAACAGCGUACACAGUACGCAGACCGUUUCGUCCGAUAUCGAGGAUUCGGAGCACUCGCAGUUUACGCAGUGGAAGGGUCAGAUUAUAAUGCUGGUGUUGUUCCUAAUGUCCUGGGCGAGCGCGGCCGCGGUGACGAUCAAGCCGUUGAACCUCGUGUCGUACGAGGAGACGGUGUUCGCCGUGAUUUACGCCGUGACCUCGAGCACGCUGGGCGUGUUCGUGCUGUUCUUUUAUGGGAUCGCCCGUAACGACGUGCGCAGUCAGUGGUUGAAGAUGCGCUGCUGGUUGGAGAAGCGGAAGAACCGCUGCUGCCGCACGCGAAGCGUGUGCGACGCGAACGCCGCAAUUCCCACGCAGCCGCUCGUGCAAAAUUUCGUGCCGCCGUUGUCGAACUCGCAGGCCACUCAAGCGAUAUCCGACACGAACUCCAUCACUUCGUCGAGGAAUACGAACCAGCAGAUCUACAACGGGUCGAAGGUGGCGGACUUCACGGGCAAUCGGGACAGCGUGUCUACCGUCCCUAUGAGCGCGAAAGCGGCAAAUCUGAUAGUGCUGCAUCGGCAACAGUAUCGCUCCAACAAUUCCGUCACCACGUACACCGAACCGUCGUCGGCGUGCGUAGAGAUGUUCUACAACCCGCAUCAGAGCGGCGUUGCCAGGAAGUUCUUCAAGAAACAGCGCAGACACACCGCGAAGAAGAAUAAUCUCGGUCCGAGGAAGCAGGGCGACGGCGGGGUCACGAGCGACGGCGGCAGCUGCGUCUCCAUACCGCGGCCCACCGCCAAGAUCAACAACAGCCUUGAACGCAGCAUCCUGAGCAGCAGUGCGAAAGUUAACAACACCAACAUACACGUCGAGCUGAAUCCCAUAAACGACAUAAAGAACGUGAAUAUACUGUCGGACAGCGGCGGCAGCAUCUCCGAGGAGCGCAAUAUCCCGAUGCGCUUCGUAAUCGGUCAGGAGAACCUCGUGCGCAGCAUCAAGAAGAUCAACAACGACAGCGCGCAGCAAGAUAAUUCACUCGGCAACGCCGCGAUAUCCGAUGCGGCGAGAGGCACGUCGAAGGACAAGAGGACUACGCAGGACUCGGAUGCGGACGUGUCGAAGACGGACGAGGAGCACUGGCACUUGCGGAACGUCUCGCAACAGUGCAGCCUCGAGUACAGCUCCGAGAUGGACACCGUCACGCAGAUGACCAGCGAACGGAGCGAUCACAAUCUGCCGGAGAUCUGCGAGAGCACGGAGAUCGCGCAGGAGGAUUAUUUCUCGAGGAAACGAUGCCCGAGCGUGAACGAGAUCGAGGUCGUCGCGGAGGAACGCCUGUCGAGGGACACCGCCGGACGCUUGUACCUGUCCAACAGCAUGUACUGCCUGCCGUUGGAGCACGAGAAACCGCUGAUGAACAGUUACUGCAACUCGCUGAACGACAUCGCGUCGCUGACGAGUGCGAGGCACUGCAAGUACGCGAAACCGUCGCUCACGGACGUGCAAAGUACAACCAGCUCGAACCUGUGCGAGCAAGAAGUUCCUGUAUCUCGAGGAUCGUUCGAUCGCUCGGAACGCUCGCUCUUUGAGAUAAACAGCCUGACCAGUGAUAAUCCGUGCACGUUGACGCCGCGCACGGGAACCCCGUACGCCUGUUCCUUGGCGAACAUUCACUGUAUCUCCGACAGAAGCUUGGAGGAAAAUAAUUUCUGCCAGGAGCUGCAGCCGCCGGACCACCACGUGGAUCACAACGUGUUCAUCGCACCCGAACCGAAGGAUCAUCUCCUGGAGAAGAACUUUAGUUCUCUCGCUGACGUCACGUCAAUCAGUAAGUCCGGUUCGCGCGAUAUCAAUAAUCUGACUUUAAUCGGGGAGAUGGGUGCGGGUUCGGAACCCACGACGUCGAGUGAUGCGCAGCAAUUCGAGGCUAAUGAAAUGUAUUUGGGCGAGCCGAUGAUCCAUUUGCCAGUUAUUAAGAAAGAAACGAGUGUUUAAUAUACGUGAUAGAUCAGAUCGUUUAUAUACCGAAAUUAUUUAUUUCGUAAUUAUUUGAAACUACAUAUCAUUUUAAUGUUAAGAUGGAAAUUAAUGUUCCGUAAUCUGUAACCCUGUGAAAAUAAUUUCUAUUACAAUUGUAUUUAACACGCUUCGUGUAUUAAACACUUUCUCAAUCGAGGAUGAAAGAAAUGUACGCGAUACAAUUAAUGCUAUUUAUAUCACGUUUGAAAAUGCCAUUAUUUAAAGAAUUUGUACAUAAUGAAAACUAGGUAUAAUCGUACGUGGAAUAUUCUUAACCUUUUGAUGGUUCAUUUUAACUAAUGUCGAUAUUAUCGGAAUAAUUAACAACUACGAAGCCGUCUUUAGCCAGUCGAAGAAAUGUGCUCAACAAUGUUCAAAUAGAAGACAAAGCCAAACGAUAAUUUUUAUUCGUGAUCAUAUUUUCAACGAAUACUCUUUACUCUGUCACGAUAAAAACGUGAAGUCGACUGUAAAAUCAUUUUGGCUGUGAAACACACACGUUUACAGUUGUUUUCAUCUAUCUGGUAAUUAUCGUAUUGCAACAUUUUAUAACAUUGCUAUUAUCUUUACAUAUAAUUUUAUAUACAAUGUACUUUUAUAGUAUCUUUAGAUACUUUAGAACUUUAUAUUGUAUUUUACCUCGAGGAGAUAAUUCUUGGUUUAUACAGUCGCCUAAUAUAAACUGAGACAUAUAUAAAAGCCGGAAUUUCUAUAUAGAUCGAAGACUGAAUAUUAAAAAACCUAAAUUCAAUUUA